GUGACGCUUUCACAAACACUGUUUACCCCUUCACCUUUUGGUUUCCUUUCUGUGAAGAGAGAGGGGUGUUCAUGUUAUGAGGGAGAAGAAGAGCUUAUGUUUUGACUGAGACAAAUCCUGCGAAAUGUUGUCAUUGAACUACACGCGGAUUGUGCGCUCAGCCCGGGCUUUGCUGCACCCACACUGGCUCCUGACGAAGCGAGAGUCAGUUUAUAAAGCUGUUACAUGUUCAGCACGUUGUAUAACUACCAGCUUACCACUGAAGGACACAUGGCACAGCAGCAGGAGCCUCAAAGCACUGGGAAAGGGGAGAAGUUACCACAGUAAUCUAUUACUCAGAUAUUACAGCACAGGUCAAGUCGAGCUAAACUGCUGGAAGUGCAAACAGCCUUUAGACCAAAGCCCUGCUUUUUUCUGCAUGUCAUGCAAAGUAGUCCAGCCUCCUGAAGAAGGGACAUCCUACUUCAAAAUUAUGGAUUGUGACUGCACAUUCACACUGGACACACAAAAGCUGCAGAAAAGAUACUUGCAGCUCCAGCGGUCUCUACAUCCAGACAACUUCAGCCACAAAUCUGUGAAAGAACAGGAGUAUUCAGAGACCCAUUCGGCUCUCGUGAACAAAGCAUACAGGACUCUGCUUAAGCCUUUGAGUCGUGGUCUUUAUAUGCUGGAGCUGAAGGGGAUAAGCAUAGAAGAGGGCACUGACUCAGGGGCUGAUCCAGAGUUUCUAAUGGAACUAAUGGAGAUCAAUGAAGCCCUUCAUGGAGCUCGGACUUCAGAACAAGCCAAUGAAAUUGGCAAAGACGCAAAAGGCAAACUGGCAGACUUGACAAAGGAGAUAGAUGCUGCCCUGCUUAAAGGAGAGCUUCAGGCUGCCAAAGCACUGCUUGCCCAAAUGAAAUACUAUGCAAACAUUGAAGAGAAAGUAAAGGAAAAACUUUCUGAAUUGAUGUAACGUUUGCCCCAUUUUGUGUCACUUUAUUUGAUAUUUCUAGCUCUUUUUUUUACAAAAGCGCAAAAGUAUUGCACAAUUGUCUUAAGAUUAUGUAAGCAUUGCUCAAAUUAAAUAAUAAAUCUUUACAACAUAA